AUGAGCGAUAAAGUCGAUAGACAUAUAUUGAGAAAAUAUGAAUUAGUUAAGAAAUUAGGUAAAGGAGCAUAUGGCAUUGUAUGGAAAUCAAUCGAUAGAAGAACAGGUGAAAUUGUGGCAGUAAAAAAAAUAUUUGAUGCAUUUCAAAAUGCUACAGAUGCUCAGAGGACAUUUCGUGAAAUUAUGAUAUUAUCUGAAUUACGUGGACAUGAGAAUAUAGUAAAUUUAUUAAAUGUAUUAAGAGCAGAUAAUGAUCGAGAUGUUUACCUAGUAUUUGACUAUAUGGAAACUGACCUACAUGCUGUAAUAAGGGCAAAUAUUUUGGAACCUAUACAUAAACAAUACGUAAUUUAUCAGCUAAUGAAAGUAAUUAAGUAUUUGCAUAGUGGUGGUUUAUUACAUCGAGAUAUGAAGCCAUCAAACAUAUUAUUAAAUGCAGAGUGCCACGUAAAAGUUGCAGAUUUUGGGCUAUCUAGAAGUUUUGUCAAUACUCGCAAAAUAACCAAUAAUAUCACAUGUAAUAAUAGUAAAUAUCAUAAACUAGAUAGUAGUCAAAAUGAUAAAGUUGAUACUGAAGCUGACUAUGAUCAACCUAUAUUAACUGAUUAUGUUGCUACUAGAUGGUAUCGUGCCCCAGAAAUAUUACUAGGUUCUACAAAAUAUACAAAGGGUAUAGAUAUGUGGUCACUAGGUUGUAUAUUAGGUGAAAUAUUAUGUGGUAAACCUAUAUUUCCUGGUUCUUCAACAAUGAAUCAACUAGAACGUAUUCUACAAGUUGUUGGCUUUCCAGAGGACGAUGAUAUAAUUGCAAUACAAUCACCAUUUGCACAGACAAUGCUUGAUUCAUUAAGGGAUAAACUUAAAAAGAAUAACACAAGAAAUAAAUGGAAAGAUAUGUUAAAGAGCAUUGGCUUGAGCUCAACCUGUGAUGAUGAUGCAAUUGAUUUAUUAGAUAAACUACUGCAAUUUAAUCCAAAUAAGAGAAUAUCUGCAAGUGAAGCAUUGAAACAUCCAUUUGUUGCACCAUUUCAUAAUCCCAAUGAUGAACCUAAUUGUGAUCAUAUUAUUACAAUACCUAUAAAUGACAAUAUUAAGCAAAGUGUAGACGAUUAUAGAGGUCGUCUAUAUUCAGAAAUAAUAAGGAGGAAGAGAGCUGCAAAUAUUAAGGAUGAAUGUAAGAAAGUUUAUAAUAAUUCUAUUGAAUAUAAUAACAACAGUAAUUUGUGCAAGGUAACUGACAAUAAUACGUCAUCACAAAGACCAACGGUAGUAAUUCGGCCAUCUAUUAAUACUUAUCAGUCACGUGUAACAUUCAAUGAUAAUCGAAAUAGCAGCAUAAUUAUUGAUAGUACUAAUACUAAUACUAAUACUAAUACAUAUAAAGAUGUGUUACCUGACUCCUUAAAUAUUUGUAAUUCAAGUAUAUUAAAUAAAAAUGAGCAAUCUAUACCAGCACAAAGUAGUGUUUUAUAUCAAUCAUAUGGUAAUAAUGUAGAAGUUACUCCAAAUAGAAUAAUGGGGGAGAAGUCAUUUAAUAAUAACAGCCAAUUAUUAAAUAAUGCAAAUAUAAAUUCUCAUAAAUGUAUUGGUAAUAUGCCAUAUAAUAUGAAUCCUAAUGCAGCUAAAAGAACUAUACAAUUAAAUCAAACAAUAUCUUCAAAUCCUGUAUCAAUAAAAGAACAAAACUUAACAACACAAUUCAUCUCUGUAGUUAAUAGUGAACAUUUGAUAAAUAAAACUCCUGGUUUACAAAAUAGCAAUAUGUUUAUGCAGAAAAGUGUAAUGAACAAAAGUAAUGGCAAUUUAACACAUAACAAUUCUUCUAUACCCUAUUCAGGGGCUUAUAUAUAUAAUAAUACAGUAUAUCAGCCAAGUAUUGUUAAUAAUAAUUUUACAAAAAGUGUCAAUAAUAGCUCAGGAAAUAUGAUACCUCGUCAUGGUACAUCAACAAUAUCAUAUUUUCACCAUCCACCAAGUUCUAUAAACCUAAAUCAAAUUUCAGUGAAUAACUAUAUGUAUCAAAAUCAACCAGCAGCCAUUCCGAGACAUUAUACUUCAGCUAUAUCAAAGAACUUGGGUAAUAAUAAUAAUAAUAAUAAUAAUAAUAAUAAUAAUAAUAAUGGUAAUAGUUACCCUCCAUACUUUUAUCCACAGAAACUAAAUGUUACAAGUAAUAGACACUACUUUAUGAAGCUUUAG